AUGCGCGAAGCAAGAUGGGGCGCGCGCAAGGGCUUCCAGGGGUGCGCGGUGCAGGAUGGGCGCGCGCGCAAGGGCUCCCAGGGUUGCGUGUCCAGAAGGAUGAGGUCCUCCUUGAGGUCUUUCGGGCCGCCUGUGAGCCGGGACCGUGUCAUUGACAGCUUCCCUAAGUGGUACACACCAGCUGCCUGCCUGCAGCACAAGGAACAUUUCCAUGGACGGGUCAGCGCAGCUUGUGACCGCGGGGACACAGGGACAGUCGGCCUUAGGCUCUCCAAGGUGGUGGUCGUGGGGGACCUCUAUGUUGGGAAGACCAGCCUCAUCCACAGGUUCUGUAAGAAUGUUUUUGACCGUGACUACAAGGCCACUAUUGGGGUCGACUUCGAGAUUGAGCGCUUCGAGAUUGCAGGGGUACCCUACAGCCUCCAGAUCUGGGACACGGCCGGACAGGAGAAGUUCAAGUGUAUUGCAUCUGCCUACUACCGGGGAGCCCAGGCAAUCAUCACGACCUUUGACCUUUCUGAUGUACAGACCCUGGAGCACACCAGGCAAUGGCUAGAGGAUGCACUGCGGGAGAACGAGCCGGGCUGUAGUGCCGUCUUCCUGGUGGGGACCAAGAAGGACCUUCUGUCAGGGGCAGCAUGUGAGCAGGUAGAAUUGGAGGCUGUACGCCUGGCCAAUGUGAUGCAGGCCGAAUACUGGGCAGUGUCAUCCAAGACCGGGGAGAAUGUGAAGGCCCUGUUUAGCCGUGUGGCUGCCCUGGCCUUCGAGCAGUCAGUCCUGCAGGAGCUGGACAGGAGGAGCAGUGCCCGGCUCCAGGUCGGCGACGCAGGCCUCAUCCGAAUAGAGGGGAUCCCGCCUGAGGUGCAGGAACAGGGAAGGCCCCCCAGCCUGGGCUGCUGCUAG